GCCGGAAGCUGUAGUCGGGGCACGCGGGGGCCGCCGGGAGCUGUGUGUGUCGCGGCCGCCCAGUCAGCGUCGUGCUGCCCGCCCAGCACUCGGAACCCACAGCCGCCGCCCAGGGGGAUGCGGGAGCCCCUGGUUUCGGGGAGCAGAGAGGCAGGCGGGGUGAGGGGCGUUGCCAGGCAACGGGCGAGCGCCGUGGUUGGGCAGGAGCCGAGGACGGUAUGUCCCAGGCCCCAGGAGCACAGCCGAGCCGGCCCUCCGUGUAUCACGAGCGGCAACGCCUGGAGCUGUGUGCCGUCCACGCCCUCAACAACGUUCUGCAGCAGCAGCUCUUUAGCCAGGAGGCUGCCGACGAGAUCUGCAAGAGGGAUCCAUCAACUCUUUCACACCAAGGCCAUGCUGGAGACCCAGAGAUGAGUCCAGUGUUGGCCCCAGACUCCCGGCUGAAUCCCCAUCGCAGCCUCCUGGGCACCGGCAACUAUGACGUCAACGUGAUCAUGGCCGCCCUGCAGGGGCUGGGCCUGGCCACCGUGUGGUGGGACCGAAGGAGGCCCCUGUCCCAGCUGGCCCUGCCCCAAGUGCUGGGACUGAUCCUGAACCUGCCCUCACCCAUGUCUCUGGGGCUGCUGUCCCUGCCACUCCGCCGGCGGCACUGGGUGGCCCUCCGCCAGGUGGAUGGCGUCUACUACAACCUGGACUCCAAGCUGCGGGCGCCUGAGGCCCUGGGGGACGAGGACGGCGUCAGGGCCUUCCUGGCGGGGGCACUGGCUCAGGGCCUGUGCGAGGUGCUGCUGGUGGUGACCAAGGAGGUGGAGGAAAAGGGCUGCUGGCUGCGGACAGACUGACCCCCGCGGAGGAGAGGACCAGGCCACCGUCUGCUGGCUGCGGACAGACUGACCCCCGCGGAGGAGAGGACCAGGCCACCGUCCGUGCGGUCCCCGUGCAUCCACGUCUGGCUCCUGAACGCCAGGGAAGGACCCCGCGGAGGCCCAGCCCCUUUUCCGCACCCCCUGCUCCCCAAUGCCGCCGCUGCCUCAAUAAAUCUGCUGAUUUGC